GCCCUGAAAUGAGGUGAAAACUGAUCAUAGUGUUUCCAUUCAGGCGGUGGUUGCGGGAAUCCAGCAGGCUCACGCAGAACAGUUGGCCAACAUGAGAAUCCAGGAUCUGAAAGUCAGCCUCAAACCCCUGCACUCUGUGAACAAUCCUAUUCUGAGAAAAAGGAAAUUACUCGGCACCAAGCCAAAGGACUGUGUUUAUAUCCAUGACCGUGAGAAUGGAGCUGAGGAUUCAAAUGUUGCCUUGGAAAAGCUUCGAGAUGUGAUUGCUCAGUGUAUUCUCCCCCAGGCUGGUAAAGGAGAGAAUGAAGAUGAAAAGCUGAAUGAAGUAAUGCAGGAGGCUUGGAAGUAUAACCGGGAAUGCAAACUCCUAAGAGAUACUCUGCAAAGCUUCAGCUGGAACGGUCGUGGAUUCACAGAUAAAGUCGAUAGACUAAAACUGGCAGAAAUUGUGAAGCAGGUGAUAGAAGAACAAACCAUGUCCCAUGAAUCCCAAUAAUGACAGCUUCAGACUUUGUUUUUUUUAACAAUUUGAAAAAUUAUUCUUUAAUGUAUAAAGUAAUUUUUAUGUAAAUUAAUAAAUCAUAAUUUCAUUUCCACAUUACUUAAAGACACUGUAUAGAUUUAGAUACAGGACUUACUCAUAGUAUAGUUCAUUUGUUUUUAAGAAAAGCUCAGUUCUUAGAGAUACACUAUUACUCUAGGACUGUUUUCUCAUAUGUUUGUAAGAUGACAGAUGGUAUUGUCAAACAAGAUUGUUUUAUUUGUAAUAAAAUGUACAAAAACCAUUUGCCAGUGGUAGACAAAGGACUGACUAUACUGACCUGUCUGUUAGUAAACAGUUGAACCAAG